AUGGCUGGACUUGUUGCAUAUGCAAGCAGCGAUGAAGAAGAGGAUGUUCAGGAGGUGACCCCUCCUGCUCCAGAAGAAAAGACAGAACCUACGAAAGAUGCAGUAAAUAUCAAAUCACAAAACAAAGGCACAGAGCUGAAAAAGAAUGAACCAGCAACUGGGUCUCAGAGCCUUGACGCUGCAGCCAUUGGGCCCGUCCAACAAAACUCAGUGCCUUUAGGACCGUCUUUACCGCCUAUGGAAGAAGCUGUUGUGGACGAACAAGACCCAACAUACAGACCUGUAUCACCUUAUUCUGCCAAUCGUGCUCUUCUGCGCGAUCUCACAUUGCCAUCAGCCCCUAAUCUGGACAUUCCACCAUCACCGCCCGGAUCACCACCACCAGGGGCCAACAAGAAGUUUGAGCAGUUUCUCGAGCUCAAAAAGAAAGGAACUCACUUCAACGCCAAGCUGGAACAGUCGUCCGCACUGAAAAAUCCCAGUCUGAUGGAUAAACUGAUGAGGUUUGUCGAGGUUGAUGAACGUAGUCAGUAUUCGACAACGUUGCCUACCGACUUAUGGAAUCCAUCUGCUUUUCCAGAAUGGGCGUUCAAAGACAAGCUACGGAAGUGCCACGAUAAGGUAUUGAAGGAUAAGGAAGCGGAGAGAACGACUGGCACCCGAACGGCUGUUGAUUUUGUACCACCAACAACCUCAGUGACUCAGGAUACAUCAGCAAGGGGGGGAAUUUCACGAGGCGAGAAACGAAAAAGUGGAUGGAAUUAA